GGCGCUUGAAAAGUUGACUAAACUAAAUGCUGACGCUCUCCGCCGUGUAUUUGUUGUUGUGCGAAAAACGCUAAAAAGACGGAAAACCGUUAAUCCAGUGCCCCAAAUACAAUAUGAUAAAAAUCACCGAUGGAGACAGCAAUUUUUUAUUAUCUGAAGGUAUCGCGUUAGAAGAUACCGAUAUCUUACCGAUUGAAUUCGCCCCAAGAGGAUUAAUUACCGCAACUUCCGUAAAUGAAUUAGGUAAACAGUUAUUAAAAGCCUCUGGAGAUGGAGAUCUUGAACAAAUUCAAAUGCUUAUGUCGAAAGGCGCACCAUUCACAGCCGAUUGGUUAGGAACAAGCCCUUUACAUUUAGCAGCACAAAACAAUCACCUUGAAGUAUGUGAAGUUCUUUUAAAAGCAGGAAUUUCUAGAGAUGCUCGCACCAAAGUCGAUCGAACUCCUUUACACAUCGCAGCGUAUGAGGGCCAUAUAGACAUCGUUGAUUGUCUCUUAAAAAGUGGCGCAGAUUGCGAUAGUCGUGAUAUGCUUCAAAACACCCCAUUACAUUGGGCAGCACAAAACGGUCAUGCCGAAAUAGCUGCUAUGUUAAUUAGAUACGGAGCAUCAACCAAUUUAACUAAUAAAUUUGAAUUAACACCUAUAGAUUUAGCUGGACAAAUUAAUCGGCAAGAUAUCGUCAAUAUAAUUCAAAUUGCAAUUCGUGAUCCAUUAAUAGCUACUCAACAUUUACAAUUAGAAAUGACCGAUAGUAAUGAAACUGUUGAUUUAACAGGGCAAGAUAUCGAAAUACCAAUUCCUGAAACUGUAUUAUUAGAAGAAGUGGAUAGUGAAAAUUCACUAGAUCCUGAAAUAAAAUUACCUGAAGAAGCUACACCAAUCAAUCAAGAUCCUCUAACAGAAUCAAUGAAGUAUCUUCAAGAACAUGGUAUAACCAUGCUCCCGAACGACGAUACAAACAUUUUAUCGGCUGUAAUGGAAACGGGGCACUCGGUAGUAUUAACGGAUGUGGGUAAACAAGUUUUAAAUUCAAUAAAAGAAGAGCCUCCGGUUAUAAUAACAAAAAAGCAGCAAGAAAAACCAACGAAAGAAAACUCGUUAACUCCGAUUAAAGUGAAAAAAGUGAUUACGAUAACUCCCGCUGAAUUUUUAGCGAUGACAAACACCGGACAAUUAAAUAAUGUAUCAAAACAAACAAAUUUGGUUCAAAUAUCAAAAAAUAAUAAUGUGAAAAGGGUGGUUAUGAAGAAGAGUAAAGUGUUUCCCAUGAAUUCGUUAGGAAAAGUUGAUUCCGGAUCGGAUUUGGAACGUGUUAAGAAACAAUUAGCGGAUGCUUUAAGAACGAUUGAAAUGUACAAAGUGAAAUUGAGAAAAAAGGAAGCGGAAGUUGAGAAUUAUAAGAUGCAAUUAAAAUUGAUUUUGGAUUCGCAGUAAUGUUUAGGUUAUGUUAUAAAAAGAAUUAAUUUUUUAUUUUGGAAUGAUGAUAUUUAU